AUGAUAAAAUUGAUUUUUUGCCAGGUUCAUUUGGUCACAAAAAUUGUGAUAAUAAACUAUAGUAUUUCUUUUUAAAUAAACUUGAAAAAGCUACUAGACCAUUCGCUUCUGUUAUCAAAUUUGAUGUACCUACUUCUCUUGUUAAUCCUUGUGAUGAGAACGUUAUUUCGACGGAUUAAAAACUCUAUGAUGGUUUACGAAGUUGUAUUUCUUUGUCAUGGUUUUUUGUUGUGUAGGGGUAAAAUGGAAAUGGUGAUCUCGCUAAUUUCGUUACUGAAUUAACAAAUUUUCAAUUAUUAGUUCUAGCUAUCCAGAAAAAACAUUACCAAUCCUAUCUAAUGUUACUUUAAUUGUGGAAGUUCAAAACUUUGUUUUACAGAAAACAGCUUAUCAAAUAUUAAUUCGAACACAUGCAGGAUAAUUUCCCAGUAUUUUUUCAAAGGUUAAACAGUAAUAUUAUCCUUUUGAAUCUCUUAAUCUCACUUUCAAUUUCGUUAUGAAAUGUUGCAUAGAAAAUUCAAAACUAUCAAAUGAUAAAUCUCAAUAUUAAACUAAAUUUUAUGAAGUCUAUAGAAAUAACUCUAAAUCUAGACCUUCAAACAUCAAUUAUACUGAUUUAUUUAAUUCUAAUCAAUUGGAAUAUAAUAUUCAAAGCUACUCAUUAAGUGCUUGGACAGCUUAUAUAAUUCAAUUGUAUUGUUGUUAAUAAAUAUUUAGAAAUGAUAAUUAUUACUUAAUCAAUCUGAAAAACAAAUUAUUUAAAAUUUGA